AUGCCGCCGCGUCCAAGACCGCGAUCCAGCAGACUGCCUUCUCCCAUGGCCGCGACUCGCACGCUUUCGGCGACUCCAUCGUUACUGUUGGCGCUGAAGUGGCGGGUACUUCUAGAUUACGUUUUUUUUUUCUGUGAUAUUUAUUUGUUUAGAUACUUACUUUAUUCAAAGAGAAAGUUCACCUCUUUUCAACCAUCAAUUCUGAAUCGCCAAGGUGCCUCGACUCGCAGUACGACGAUCACCGCGGAUGGGACCGACGCUGGUGUGUCGGAAGAUUUGCUGGAGAUCGGGGGCGAUGAAGUGGCUGCCUUCGAAGCUGGUGAUUCCAUCGCGACCACGGGGAAGCCGGCGUCGUUCAACGCGGUGCAGGCCAGUGAGCCAGUUUCUGCGGAGACGGCGCAGAAGUCAUUGUGAGGAGCAAACAGCAUUGUCGGUGUGUACCGGAGGUGGUGCGCAGUGGGUGUUGUAG